AAAUCGACCGUCACCAAAGCCUCUAUUAAUUAAUUGAUUGCUCAAGAUGGCGCCCGCCCAACCUGAGCUGAAGAAGUAUCUCGACAAGAGGCUGUUUGUCCAGCUUAACGGAAGCCGAAAGGUCAUCGGUGUACUCCGUGGAUACGAUGUCUUCUUGAACAUCGUAUUGGACGAGGCGGUCGAGGAGAAAGACGGCGGCGAGAAAAUUAGGCUCGGCAUGGUGGUCAUCCGUGGCAACUCCGUGGUCAUGCUGGAGGCUCUGGAGAGAAUCGGCGGCGACGACAGGCAGAACCGAUAAUUUGGGGCGGCAACAAGAUGGUGAAUGGAUGCCUGAAUAUGCUUGUUUGGCGUUUACGGAAACGAUACGAAGAGGCGAUCAUGGGACUUGAUACGAACGUCUAUUGUUGCUAGAUUUUUGGUUUUUAUCCGAGCUCAAGAAAAAGAAAACGAAAUGCACCCCCUCCAACCAGGAACCUCGCGGCUACUUGCUCUGUGAACCC